AUGGCGAUGACCCCGUCGCGACCAACGUUGGCCAACACCGAGACAUUUAUGAGACUUCGACGACAGCUGCAGGACUGCGAAAUCGCUCUGCUACAACUCAACAGUGAUUUUAUACACAUGGAAAACUGCAUUGCUAGAGCAUCAGGAGCUCAUUUAGACCUCCUCAAUCAAUUGAAUAAUGAGAAGGAACGCAUAUUCGCACAAAUUCAGCACUACGAUAGCGAAGCACGACGACUCAUUGAGGAAAUGCGGAGAACAUAG